UUUUUUUAUUUUAUAUGUUAAAUAAUUCUAAAAAUAAUAAAAAUUUAAAUAAAAUGGAAGAAGUUGAUGGAUUUUGUUAUGGUGGAGAAGUUAUUGGACAUGGAGCUUUUGCGGUGGUUUAUAAAGGCAGACAUAAAGAGACAAACAAAGAAGUAGCAAUAAAAGCAAUUGCAAAGAAGAAUUUGUCCAAAGCGAAGAAUUUGCUCACAAAAGAAAUAAAAAUACUGCAAGAAUUGAAAGGUCUUCAACAUGAAAAUUUGGUUUCACUUUUACGAUGUGUGGAGACUCCAACACAUGUUUAUUUGGUUAUGGAAUAUUGCAAUCAUGGAGAUUUGGCUGAGUAUUUAUUUGGGAAACAAACAAUAAAUGAAUUGACUAUUCAACAUUUUUUCUCUCAAAUAGCAAAGGCAUUGGAAGCUUUAAACAAAAAAGCAAUUGUUCAUAGAGACCUGAAGCCUCAAAAUAUUUUGUUAUGCAAUCCUCGACAUCCAAACAAACCACAACCUACUCAAUUAAUUGUUAAAUUGGCGGAUUUUGGUUUUGCUCGUUCUCUGCCUGAAGGUAUUAUGGCUGGAACUCUUUGUGGUUCUCCAAUGUAUAUGGCGCCGGAAGUUAUCAUGUCACAACAGUAUGGGGCUAAAGCUGAUUUAUGGUCUAUUGGAACGAUUAUUUAUCAAUGUUUGACUGGAAAGGCUCCUUUUUUGGCACAAACACCUCAAGCAUUAAAAAAUUAUUAUGUGCGACACACUGAUUUGAGACCAAAUAUUCCUGACUUUUGUUCUCCUCUUUUGGCUAAUUUACUUUUGGGAUUAUUAAAAAGAAAUCCUGUUGAUCGAAUGGAAUUUGAUGCAUUCUUCACCCAUCCAUUUUUUGUCAAAGAAAUUAAUAUGGAUGCAGGAGGUUCUCCAUCUCGACAUAUUUCUAGACAAUUAUCUUCUGAAAUUAAUUCCUCUCCUGUUCAUCAUCCUAAAACAACAGGCAAAAUUGUAGUAGGCCAACAACAGCAGCAAGGAGGUGGAUAUUUUACUGGCAUGAAGCAACGAAUAAUUCCUUCUACAGACAGACAUUUGCCUCAAACAACUACAACAACCACAAAGACUACUACUUUUCAGCCAAACACAUCAAUACGUAAACAAAUUCCUCCUCCAAAUAAUCAAGACAGACAAGGAUAUUUACAAACAAAGACAAAAACUCGCCAGUCUCAUCAAAAUCUUCAGCAUUCUGGAGGCUCUUCUACGUGUUCUUCGGAUAAUCCUGUUAAACAAGUUCAAGUAAGCGCAACAAAUAUACGUCCAAAAAUUUCAUCAAAUGUUCGAGCUGUCCCUGUACCUAAUCAAAGAAAUGCUUUUGCAAAAAUUGAGGAAAGGAAGAAUGGCAAAAAUAUUAGCAACAACAACAAUAACAAUUUGUAUAAUAAUAAUCAAACAAUAGCAGAUCAACAACAAUUAAAAAAUAUUAAAAAUGAAAAUGGUUUAUUUAAUAGAGGAGAAAAAAUGGCAGAAUUGAAGGAACAAAAAAUUACAAGAAUUCCUUCUGUUGAGAAAAUUGAAAUUCCACAAAGUUUGUUUUCGAUAAUUUUUUUCUGGGAAUAUUUUGUUUUUUGGGGGUUUUGAAGCUUGAGAGGUUCUGUUUCUUGUUUUUUUCUUUCCAAUGGUUAGUUGUUCCAAUAGGUUCG